AUGUCUUUCGGAAAGCUCUACGGCUCAACCGGCCACGGCCGUACUAUCCCCUCCGUGGUCGCUGCUAAGGCCAAUGGACUCGACCUCGAAGUUGUUGAGACCGCGCCCGGCAAGGCCUCUACUGACAUUAACCCUCUUGGCAAGGUUCCUGCCUUUGUGGGUGCUAAUGGCUUCAAAUUGACCGAGGCCAUGGCCAUCGCCAUCUACAUCACCUCCCAGAACGAGAAAACCACCCUCUUGGGCACUACCAAGCAGGACUAUGCUUCCAUCCUUCGCUGGAUGUCUUUCGCAAACACCGACCUCAUCACCCGCCUUGCCAGCUGGUACCUCCCUCUCGUUGGCGUUCUUCCCUAUAACAAGAAGACCGUUGAUGAGCAGGCCACUGCCUCCGCCGCCGCCCUUAAGGUCUUGGAGACUCACCUCACUGCCAACACCUUCCUCGUUGGUGAGCGUAUCACCCUCGCUGAUAUCUUCACUGCUGGUAUCAUCCGUCGUGGAUUCGCCACUGUCCUUGACAAGAAGUUCCGCUCUGAGUUCGUCGCUGUUACCCGUUGGUUCAACACUGUUGUGAACCAGAGCUACUGGAAGGACGUCAUUCCUGAGGCUACCUUGGUCGAGGAAGCCAUCAAGUACACCCCUCCCAAGAAGGAGGAGAAGCCUAAGAAGGAGGCCCCCAAGCCUGCUGCUAAGGAAGAGGACGACGAAGAGCCUGAUGUGAAGCCUGAGCCCAAGGCCAAGCAUCCUCUUGAGGCCCUUGGCAAGCCCACAUUGAUCCUUGAUGAGUGGAAGCGUCAAUACUCUAACAAUGAUACCCGCCCUGUCGCCAUGCCCUGGUUCUGGCAGAACUACAAGCCCGAAGAGUACUCUCUCUGGCUUGUCGACUACAAAUAUAACGAUGAGCUCAAGCUCACCUUCAUGGCUAACAACCUGAUUGGUGGUUUCUUUGCUCGUCUAGAGGCCUCUCGCAAGUUCCUCUUCGGUGCCGCCUCCGUCUAUGGUGAGAACUACAAGUGCCUCAUCCGCGGUGCUUUCUUGGUCCGUGGCCAGGAGUGCCUCCCCGCUUUCGACGUCGCUCCUGAUUGGGAGAGCUACGAGUUCAAGAAGCUCGACCACACCAAGGAGGAAGACCGCAAGUUGAUUGAGGACCUCUGGGCCUGGGAUACCCCUGUUGUCCGUGAGGGCAAGGAGUGGCCCCACGUUGAUGGUCACGUCUUCAAAUAA